AUGUCGGCAAAGAAAGGCGGGCCCUCGAGCAAGCUCAUGUCGAUGAAGUUCAUGAUGAACGCAGCAGAUAAGGAAGCUGCGAAAGUGGCAGAAGCGGCGCAAGUCAAAGUCAUCAGUGACUCGCACUGGAAGCUGUCAUUCAAGGAUAAGUCAAGAAAUGCGGAAGCGUCAGAGGCACAAGUCAUCUACGCGCCCUCAUACACGAGCUUUAUUGAAACAGAAACUGGAGGCCGUCGUAGCUUUGGUAAAAAGGCCGAGGAGAAGCAAGAGGAUGUCAAGGAUAGCGACGAUGCGCUCGGUGAGAGUGAUGAUGAAACGCCAGAGGACGCUUUUGCACGGCGGCAAGCAGAGAAGGAGACGGAUCGCGACACACUUCGCAGUAUGCAUGGUGCUUCGAGUCUGUCUGGUGCAGCGAAGCGGAAACCUGCAAAAAGUGAUGAGUCGAUCAAGAAGAAGCGCAAGAAGUGA